AUGACGUCCCAAGACGAGAAAAAUGAGCUUGAUCCAAACCAGGGCGGAGAUCCCAACAAGAAGACAUACAACAAACAGGCCAAUGGCAGAGCUUUGGAGACAGCCAAUGCGCACGUCAAUGACCGCGAACUGAAGCUCUAUGGCAGUUGUUUCUGUCCCUUUGUCCAACGUGUUUGGAUUUCUCUGGAGCUCAAAGGACUGGACUACGAGUAUGUCGAAGUCGAUGUCUAUCGAAAGCCGAAAUUGCUUCUGGACAUCAACCCACGCGGCCUUGUCCCUGCCCUACGACACGGAGACUGGGGUUCCUACGAAAGCACAGUGUUGAUGGAAUACCUCGAAGACCUUCAACAGGGCCGAGCUCUUCUUCCCAAGAGCCCCAAGCUCCGCGCGGAGUCUCGUCUGUGGUCUGACCACAUCAACCGACAUAUCAUCCCUAACUUCUACAAAUACCUCCAAGCACAGGACGCGGACGACCAAGUCAAGUUCGCAAAUGAGUUCAAGGAGCAAAUUGCCAAGGUCGUCGAGGCCGCCGACCCUACUGGGCCAUUCUUUCUCGGAGCAGAGAUGUCCUUUGUGGAUGUUCAAUUCGCACCUUGGAUUGUGCGCAUGGCUAAGGUCUUGACCCCUUACCGUGGGUGGCCAGAGCCGGAGCCUGGUCGAUGGGCGACAUGGGUGCAUGCAGUCAUGGAGAGCGAGCCAGUGCUGAAGACCACGAGCGGCGAUCAAUUGUAUCUCGACAGUUACGAGCGAUAUGCCGAGAACCGACCAAACACGUCGAAGGUGCGGGACGCAAUCAAUUCCGGAGGUGGCUUGCCGUGA